AUGCACUUGACCAGGAUUCUUCGCCGACAACAACACCACAACAAGGGUCAGAAGGACAAGAAUGGCUGGGCAGCCAUGCCCACCACCUGUGUACCUAGCGGGAGCGCAAACGCAUCUACCGGGAGGGAACCAGGUGCCAGCGAAUACCAGACUGCGGGGGCCAUGGUUUGCUGAUGCUGGCAUAGCACACGCUUACUGACCUUUUGACCUUAAGUGCUAAAUACUUAUUAUCCGUGUGUUGUAUCCACUUGGUCAGCGUUUGGAGCUUCCGUUUUUGGCUCCCUGUUGACAUCCCCUUUUCCUUUUGUAACCCUCCAUCGAGCAUCAUCCGUGUUCUUUUAAUUAACUGGUUUUCUAUUCUGACCUUGAGCUGGAAAUUCGACUUGUUCGAACAGUUACAAAGGAAUGCUUUGGCUAGGGCAUCCAUUGUUGAGGUUUGUACAUUCUCCAUUAUUGCCUGUAUUCUAUCAGUUGUACUGUAUAUCCACCGAAAUCUAUUUUUUGCUUAUACGCGUUGCUCGGACUAGCAAAGAAUGCUAUGCCGUCUUAUAAAGUGACAAAAUGUAAAUAAAAAGCUAUUUGCAAUUCUGUUACCACUGAUAAAUUCUGGUCAACAUGUUUGUCUUAGUUUUAUGCCUAGAGCUUUUGAUUAUCAGAACAUCAGUGACUGAAUAGGGGCGUGAUUUUUUCACUUGACUCUGGGCCGUAUACGGCAUCUGACGUCAUGCCCAAUGCGGGGGGUUGGACACGGAAACGAAGACUCAACACACUACAGGUGGAUCUGGGCUGAAUUCCAGGGGUACCUAUUUCCCUGUCCUUACUUUGACCUAUACCCUAGCAUUAACACUAACCCCAACCUUAACCAUUCAAACCCAAACCUCACCCCUCUACCUGAACUUAACCCUGACCCUAAUCUCUCUAGAAUCUGGGACAAGGCCACCUGCUUUGCGGGGACUUCCUAUUCCUGUGUCUUGUCAUGAAAUUUUUCUCAAAGGCGAAAAAUCGUAUUUUCAGAGGGUGUGACGUCAAGAAGAUGCCAUGGCGGCGUUUCCCAGGAGGACUACCUCGUUGAUUUUAUGUCACUUUGACGAGCAGAGAGAGAGAGAGGAAUUCGCUUCAUUUUGAAAUUAUAAAUUCAAGAUUUUCAGCAAAAAUUGGGGCUCCAUUCACUGUGGACAGAAAAUAAGUUAAUAAAUCACUCAAGAGUCAAUAAGUUUUACACAAAAAGGAACGACUAUUAUGGGGAGAUUUCGAGUCUUAGCUUCUGUAUUUCUGUCUCUUCACCAAUAGACUGUCGUUUGGGGAUCUUAGAUCAUCAGUGUGGGGGGAAAAGAGGUGAGGGUAUAAAAUGGUACCUUGGAGAACUCCACAGUCAGGGGGAAGGACCACAGAUUUCUGCUUGCCUUAUUGGACACACUGAGUGCGGGAAGUAAAAUAGUCGCCAGGCCAAGAGAUAACCCAGCCUGACAAACAGCAUGCGGAUGUUUUGGUAGAGAGACGGGGGCGCGGGAUGGUAUUGAAGGCGGAGGAGUAGUCAAGAGAUGCACAUGCGUACUCGCGGCAACCCUUAUCUAAUUCUCCUAGGGCAAAGUGCACCACAAGAGCAACAUCAUCUAGGGUACUACGCUUGCAUUUAUAUGCAAAUUGUGAAGGGUUGGCAAAACGAUGACCCAACAAACUACAGGUGGCUAUUUUCAAAAAACGACUUUGACGUCAGCAUUCAAAAUUUGGCGGUGCUGAAAUAAACUCCGUAAGCCUCUGAUAGCCGGAAGAGAGGACCUUCUACGCAAUAAGACCAUUUUUGUGCUCUCAUCAUAUGUCAGCCGAUCGGCAACCCUCCUUCUGGUGAGUCUACCGGCUGCUGAUUAUCACCUCAGUUGCGAAAACCAGUAAUGAAAUCGUGGUCGGAUCUUAUUUCGUAGCCGUACCUGCAGUAGGCGAGUCCCAGCUUAACCCCUAAACCCCAACCUUAACCCCUAAAGCCAAACCCCAAUCCCAACCCCUACCCCCUAACUCCUACCCCCUAUCCCCUAACCCCUAACUGGUAUGGCUACGAAAUUGGAUCUUGCCGAAAUCGCUACCACAGUCAGAUGGAAGGAUCACAGUGCGGGAAGUAAAAUAGUCGCCAGGCCAACAGACAACCCAGCCUGAAGAACAUCAUGCGGAUGUUUUGGUAGGGAGAAGGGGGCGUGGGACGGUAUUAAAGGUGGCAGAAUAGUCGAGAAAGGCACAGGCGUACUCGCGGCAACCCCUAUCUAAUUCUCUUAAGGCAAAGUGGACCACAAGAGCAACAGCAUCUAGGGUAUUACGCUUGGCUUUAUAUGCAAAUUGUAAGGGGUCGGCAAAACGGAAGAAAAUGGCUUUUUAAUAUCCAGGACAACUCGUUCAGCAACCUUCAGAAGAGCGGAAGAGCAGGCAGUUGGACGAAAAGAUUAAGGACCAAGAUUAGCGGUUUUUAGGAUAGGAGUGAGUCUCACUGUACGCCAGGCGUCAAGAAUCUUAGAUUCCAUGAAAGACAUGCUAAUAAGGUGUGUUAAAAUGGGGGCUAUUUGGGAACAACAAGAUUUAAAAAGGGAAGGUGAGACACCAUCCGACCCGGCAGCUGUUGAUCCACGGGUCAGACACCACGGUCUCUUCGUCAGCAGAAUUCCUGGAGAAACUCAAAGGGGUAAGCCUCCAUCCAAAUGAGGUCAUGGUAUCUUUUGAUGUUACAUCCCUUUUUACUUCUAUUCCCCAGGACCUGGCGAUCGAGGCAAUUGAACUGCUACUACAGAGCAGAUACGAUGAAACGGAGAACCGUCUUGGACACGCCCAAAUCCUUCAGCUCCUGAAGCUCUGUCACAGGACGUACUUCACGUUCGACGGGACAAUCUACGAACAGGUGAAGGGCACACCAAUGGGUUCGCCGAUUUCGGGAUUCAUCGCCGAGGCGGUCCUGCAACGGUUAGAGUCGCUGGUCUUCCAACACCACAAACCGACGUUCUGGGCCCGGUAUGUGGAUGAUACCUUCGUCGUUAUCUAUCGGGAUCAACUGCUGACAUUCAAGGAACGUCUGAAUGCGGUCUUCCCGGACAUACAAUUUACAGUACCUGUGCUAACUUAUGAAAUGCCGAGGUCAAAAUUAUAG